AUUUCAGUUCCAAUGGGCGCAGGUGUAUCCGGUGAACCGGUAUACUUAACCCGUUCAACAAUGCUCAUAAGUCAUACACCAAUGGCUCACCCACCACAAUCAACUCAAUGCACAUUUCGACGGCAAUCUACAAUUAUAUCAGUGCCACCUGGCUCGUCUGGCGGUGGAAUAUCAUCACAACUCGCGUUUCCAAUACAAUUAUAUCCGAAUAAUGUGUAUAAUAAUCAUGGUUAUAGUGCUCAUGUUACUGGUUUUGAGGCUCACCCAUCGCCGCCAUCAACUGCUCAACAUCACAACUCUACCAUGUCAUCACUUCCCCCUCGUCGACCAUCUGCUCCUUCCGAAGAAACACCUCCGCCAUAUUCAUCAAUUUAUCCAACUUUGACAAAUCAGGCACACUGAAUUACAACUAUUUUAUCUAAUUUUUCAAAAUAAUAUCUAAAUUUUACACAUCAUUGUCUUUUCUUUUUGUACCUUAAAAUCUCAGUGGAAGAAAAAAUAAAUAAUUUGUUUU